AUGGAGAACUUAUCAAGAAGCAACAAGAAAGCUUCUCAGCCUCAUUCAUCGGCUCCGUCGAAGCUAAAGCGAAGUGGUUAUGAGCCAUCGGAUACAGAGGUCGAAUGGCAUGAAAGUCCGUGGGACGAUCAUUAUAACCAAAACAGCGGAACAUCUGAUCUUGGCGAGGCAGGCAAAAUUAAGUCCAAUUUGCCGAGAAACAUUAGCCCUGCGAAACUCAGCCGAAGACAACCUUCAAAGAUUGAAUAUGAUAAAGGGUCUCCACCUAGAAAAAUUCCCCUCCCAAGGAGACAUGCCAACAAGUCUCCUUACAAGACGAGGAGAGAUGACAGCCGGAACAUAAGCCCCUUGCCGAAAUCCGAAUAUCGACGGCAUGUCUCUCCUUAUAAACCCGGGAGAGUGGAGCAUGCAUUGAAUGAUGAAAAGGGAAAUGGCGCGAUUACUGGCUUGAACAGGAAGCAAAGUCGUGGAAGUCCAACAGGAGAUGAAAUAAAAACGAUUGGGCAGCUUGUUGGGGCUGGAAGAGGGAGUGAAGAUUUGAAAUAUAGUCAUCGAUCAACAAGUGCACCACCGAGACAAAGAGGGGAAAGGACACCGUCCCCAAUCGGAAAGAACAUUAUUCAUAAGAUAAGAGAAGCUCCCCCAGUGAAACAACCAUCGGUAGGUGAAAUCAAUGAAAUGGUUGCAAAUGCAAAGAUUUCUAAAAGUCCUAUAUAUACUGCUCCUACGUACGAAAGCACAGAGUCCAUUUCACCUGGUGAUAUAUUCUUUUCUCGUGAUGCUGCGGCCUUGGCAAAGCAAAAGAAAGAUAAUCCUCCCCAUCAACGAUCGAUAGCGAACCGAAAUGUCAAUCUAAAAGCUCGAGGAUCGUCAUCCAGCACUGGUUUAUCAAGAACAACUGUGACUCAAAGUUCAGCUACUAGCAGACAGAGUAGUAGUAAGCUCAGUGUUGAAAAUAGCAAGAUAAGUGAUGGUAGUGAGAGUAGUUUAAACUCAGUCAAGUUCGCCGCCAAAAUGCUAAAGAGCCAAAGCGAAACCUGGUUUGCGUGUGUGAUGAGAGGAGGAUCCUGCAGAACCUCAAAGAAAUCACCCAAAAGAGAAAAAACCUUCGAUGAGGCCUCGUUCAUCGGGAAGGCAUUCGUUGUUGAAAAACUGAGGAAAUUUUGGGCUGAUCAAUACCAACCAACUUCUUUGAAUGGAUUCACCUGUCACAAACAAGAAGCUCAGCUUCUGAAGCAACUUGUAAGUCCGCCUAAAAGUAUCUCAUCAGAGUUGUCUCAUAUAUUGUUCAAAGGACCAUCUGGUUCUGGGAAAAGAGCACUAACAAUGGCUUUCCUACGUGAAAUAUACGGAGACCCUAGCUGGAAUGUAUCUCAUGAAUUGAGACAAUUCCACGUUCAGGUAGAAAAUACUAAAUAA